CAUGGUCGUUGGCACAGGAGUCGGCACGGUCGUGUGCCUGGAAGUUCCAGUUGGAAGCGAGUUUGGCAUCGACUACGAAGCCUUUCGCACCGCAGACAAGUUUCGCGGCGUCAAGUUGAUUCCGCCUGGUCUCCAUUUCAUCUUUUACGCGUCCAAUGGUGACAACGACAAUGGACAUGGCAUUCGACAAGGCUUCUUCGUGGAGAUCAAACCAAAUGACGUGGUCAUUCGAACAUGGUCGUCGGAGACGGAAGAAUUAGUUCCCAUGACGCGAGAAGCAGACAUUGAGAACCUCACGCGAGCUGUCCACGGGUUCCAGUUGGACGGUAACUUGGGGGCGUAUCCCCAGAAGCAUGCCAAAAGUUGGCAUCGCCUCUCCAAGUACAUCACCAAAGACAUCCUUGCAAAGUGCGGUUUGACUGUCGGGGGCACCAUUUCCCCAGGCGACCCUGAUGCGGUGUCGUUGGACCGCGGUGACGCCGCGAUUAAACCUUUCUUUCCAGACGUGGCUCAAGUUGCGCGUUUUACUCGAUUGACGAAGCCAACGUCUCAGAGAGUCGCGAGCGACUUGACACGGUAUCACGUUGACAGCAGCGAACACCUUGAGUGGUUGCUAAAAACGCACUACUCGAACGACUGGCGCGCCCUCCUCGGCGAAGUGCAACUUUCGUUUGUAUUGUUUUUGUUCAUAUCAUCGCUUGACGCCCUCCAUCAAUGGAAGCAGUUUGUAUGGAUGUUGUGCUCGUGUGAAGAUGCCGUGACGACGCGACCAGAACUGUUUGCCGCGUUUCUCCAGCUCACCCAGGUGCACUUGGAACAGGUUGGGACCGACUUUUUCCAAGACGAAUUGGCCACCGACAACUUUAUCAAGGCCUCCCUUGCCUCGCUCUUUGAGAUCCUGCACGACGACACACUCAAUGACAAGCUGCUGGAGCGGGCAGCAAAGCUCAAGCAGUUUUUGAAGGACCGGUUCCAGCUGCAGUUUGACGUGAUGGGCACGUAUUGUUUUGGCGAUGAUGACAGUGCGCCGGCCGUCAUCCUUCCCGAUCAACUACCGUCGUUUGUAUUCACGCAAGACGCUACGGACUCGGACGACGCAAUCCGUCGCAUUGCUCGAGACCUCCACGGCCAAACGAGUGACAUGGCAUAACUAACGAAGUGCAUCGAAUCUUCUCUAUGUGGCGACUCCAUCCUAAAUUAAAUGUACGGCACGGACCCAAUCACGCCAAA